AUGCUGAAAGCCUUGGAGUUUAAGAUGGCCAGUUGCGUCACUCCUUCCGCACAGCUGAUGCUGAAGGCACAGCUGGGACUCUCGGAGGAAGUUCUUUGCUUCGGUGGUCAGUGCUUGGAAAAUGGCAACCUUGCUGAAUAUCAGGUCGCCGAUGGCUCCACGAUCAUGGUGAUUCCUCGCCUGCCAGGAGGUGGAGAUGGCACACCUGCCAUGGGUAAGCGCCACAAGAAGACCCACGGACUCUGCCCUCGCUGUGGCAAGCGUUCCUACCACCUGCAGAACAAGAGAUGCGCUGCCUGUGGCUUUCCUGCCACCAAGAUGCGAUCCUACAACUGGUCCAAGAAGGCCAAGCGCAGAAAGGCUCCAGGAACUGGCCGCAUGUCGUAUGUGAAGCACAUUGGCCGCCGCUUCAAGAAUGGCUUCCGCGAGGUCGGCCUUGGACCCAAGACGGUGGCAGACGAGCGCAAUGCUCAAAUUCACUUCACAAAGACUUACCAGGUACUUUCUGAAGCGAUUGAGAAGCACCCCGGAGCUUUCAAAGACAAGAUGGCUUUUCUGGAUCUGGGCUGUGCACCUGGUGGCUUUUCACAGCGCAUGUUGGAGGAACCGCAGACCCGCUUUGAGGUUUGGCGCUUUAGCGCUUUGCAUUUGAAACGACCUGAGGAUAUCCGAGGUGGCUCUUCUGCUGGGACAGGGGCAGGACAGCUUCAGAAACCUGACAAAGUUGAAGUGUUUGUGGUGGCAAAGGAUGUUUCGGCGGAUCAGACCUUCAAGGUGCCUGGCAUGCUGGAGUGCGAGGGUGGAGCCUGGCCCAAGGACCGAGAACCCAAGAAAGUCGUGAUUGUGACAGAAGCUACAAGCCCACUCAAGGAUCUCAAGGAUGCACCCAGGGGAAAGGAAGAGAAGAAAUAUGCCCCAACUCGAACUGAAGCUGUUCUCAGGUAUUUGCGCAAGAGGGGAGCACAUGCCCGAGCUAAAGUCACUUCAUUCCUGAAAGAAAACGGUUUUGAGCACAACGUCAAUUCCAAGAAGAAGAAAGGAUGGUUUGGCUUUAGAUUCACAUAUCCUCUCCACUUGGCGGUCCUACAGAAGAAUGUGGACAUCACCAACCUUCUUUUGGAUUGUGGAGCAGAUCCGACUGUGCAAGAUUCGAGUGGCUACACAGCCUUCCAGCUGGCUGUCUUGAAAGAUCCCAAUUCAAAGGUGGUGGAAUGCUUCCUACAUAGGCAUACCCGGAAGAAGGUGCUUUGGCAUCUUUGA